CAAAGAUAUGCAUAUGACGGCACAACAGUCCACCGUAUUUGCUUUACGUAUGAGUACAGCACUUCUCAUGCAGUUUCUGUGAAUGGAAGGUCUGCCGACCGCAGCCAUUCGAGGCAAUACUACCACUCUACUAGUACUAUGUUCGUACGGCAACGGCAAUGGCAUCCUCAUGUGCAGUGACAGGCGACGACGACCUUUACACGCACUGAGUCCGUAUAUACAUCCUCUGCUGGCUCAAGGACCAGAUCAAUACCCCAGCCUACUAGUCCUUGGCGCAUGGUUUUCCCCCCAAUCGGCCCCGUUCCUACGCAUUGCCGGUCUCUCUACGUCCUCACAUGUCGACAUCCACCAUGUCUUAAAUGUCAAGAAACGCAUCACGUUAGGCUGGUUUCUCAGCCAAACCACCUGACAUAAACAUGAGUUGAGGAUGAACCUUGAUCGCCGACAUGUCGCCUUUGCCGCCUUUGCAGCCUUUGUCGCAUGGGGCCUUGCUGUCCGUUGUCUGCCCGUCCUGCGUCUCCUGGGUUAUGCCUUCAUUCUCGGGUUCCUUGUCGCCCUACUCCUUAUCGCCGCAGCCACCCUGAGCGUCGUUAGGUCACGAGCAGUAUAUCAACAUGACCGUUCCCUCACCGCAGAUGCUCCGGCAUUCCUUGUGCCAGAGAAAUGGCAGUCCGAACUUUCUGCUUUAAAGACUUCCCGCCGGUAUCAGCCCGCUCAACUAUACAACCAGUCUUUCGUUGUGUCACAGGCGCUUGACACCCUGGUUGGUCUUGCUUUGAGGGACUUCGUGUCGUCUUGGUAUGGCAGCAUCUCCAAAAGCCCAGCAUUCGUCAAUGAAGUGGACAGAAACAUUCGGAGAGCAAUUGCCGGGAUUAGGGAUCGUAUACUAAGGGAAGACAUGGUGAAUGUGGUUGUCUCCAAGGUUGUGCCCAUUCUUUCCGCCCACCUACGGGACUAUGAUCUAGCUGAGCGGGCGGUCCGAGGACGCAGCUUGAAUCGGAGCGUCACGGAAUCAGAAGAACUCGAGCUGGCGAUUGCGGCCAAAUACAGGGAUGGAAAGUUGCACCCGGCCGCGUCUCUCGCCUAUCCUGAGACUAAAACAAUUCAACAAGAUCAUCUGCGUAAGAUGCUGGUCCGCAUUCUCCCGUUUCUUCUGCCAGAGACCAUGCUGGCGAGCCGUGCCGUCCUGGUGCUGGUCAAGGAGAUCGUCGCUUGCGCAGUGCUCUUUCCAAUCGUACAGCUUCUCGCAGACCCUGACACAUGGAACCAAAUCGUCGAGGCUUAUGGCAGCACUACACUGCAAGACCGAAAGACCGUUCGAAGAAUGCGGGCCGCCCUGGAUCAGCACGCUUCACCGAUGCCUAAGGGGAAGGCCAGCCAGGAACUUCCGCAACUUGCACCAAACGAUAGCGAACGGGCAUUUGAGCGCUUCGUUAGAGCCAUUCGCAAGACCAAAAACCUAUCCGAUGCCAGGAGGUUCCGCAGUCAAAUAUCGAGCCAGAUCCAGCGAGAAAGUAUGGUGGAAGGGCAGGACCCUGUCUAUCUACGCAGGUUGGAAAUGGCAAAGCGUGUCCUUGAUCAAAAGAUCGCAAAACUUAGCCAUACCGGCCGGCCUCAGCAACUGAUAGGGCCGAGUCCCGAAGCACGGGGUCUUCAAGGAGGCAGGCAUCGGGACUGGACGAUGGUGGAAAUUAUGCAUACCGCUUCAGGAUUGUCGUAUUUCAUGGAGUAUAUGGAUCGUCAGCAUCAGAUGUCUUUGGUCCAAUUCUGGGUAGUGGUGGAUGGGUUUCGAAACCCACUGGAAGACGACUUCGGUGACGAGCUCAACCCACAGCAAACCUGGACAGAUGCCGAUCGAAUGGACAUUGCACAAAUCAGCGAGACUUACAUGUCAAAAUCCGAACUCAAAAUUCCGCAGGAAUCAAAGGAUGCCAUCAAGGCAUUCCUCGUUGCUGGCCGCAAGGCGACGCCACAGCAAUACAGAGCAGCACGGACUGCCAUUCUUUCCGCACAGUCCGCCGUCCUGGAAGAAUUAGAGACUCGGCACCUUCCGAAUUUUCGGAAGUCGGAUCUCUACUACAAGUUUCUCGCGUCCGCCGAGGCGGCGAAUAUGUGGAGUGUUCCUCAGAGUAAAGGCGGCAUCGCGGAGAUGGAUGAAACGGUCCCCCGACCUAGCUCAAAAUCCCCUGUCAAAGCCUCGAUGACUCGAACCAACUCUCAGCCUCCUGCACGUGCCAAUGCCAAUGACCUGAGACGGGCAGCAGCGUCUUCCUCAGAUAUACGGAGCCUUCCAUCUUCCAAGCUACUUGAACACCCUGACCCGACCAAGUCCACGAAUCCUUUAUUUGAUGAUGACUAUGAUACCGAUACGUUAGCACAUUCGACUCAGAGUUUAGGACAGGAAUCCUCCAACGGGGACUCUGCCGAACAGCGUAGGGUGAUCGAGAAUAUGGAAGCAGCGAUGAAUAACAUCAUGACUGAUAGUCCGCUGGACGAGAACCCUGCCGACGGUGACGACGCGCUGUUCGGGUCUCCUGUCUCAGCAUCUCGAUCUGCCAGAAACCUAGAUUCUCCUCGGGGGUCGUUGGACUUCCAGGGAUCAGAUGCGGCAAACAAACCGAAACCCAGUCUUGCUACUCUAGGGCUUGUCAACACGUCGUCCCGCAUAGGAGUAUUUGCUGACAAUGACCUCUUUCCUGAUGAAGAGAAAUUCCUCGAAGACGAGUAUGUUGACGAAGACGAGCCGAAAGACAAUGAGACGGAAGAGGAUGAGAUUCAUGAAGCGGCUCCAGGGGAUCUCGGACUUGCCGAAGCCAUCAGCGCGCUGACCGACGACAUUGAGCGGUUGGUUUCGCAAGAGGCAGUGGUGGACGCAUUGACCCGCAAGGCCGAAUUGACGAACAAUGUUGCAGAGUUGCGGAUAUUGGCCAAAUCCAAGUCGAGCCUACAAAGGGAAAUUCGCCGAAAGGAACUGCAACGUCAACAGUACAUUGUUCAAGAGAGUGACAACAGUUUGUAUGGACGGUCCAGCAUUUCGAUCAAGUCGGUAGUGGUGGGUAAGGAGGAGGACGGCCGCGAGUUUGCCUUGUAUGUGGUAGAGGUCCGGCGUCAGGCGGGAGACCAUAUGCCGGCCGCAGUGUGGGCGGUACCUCGGCGAUAUUCCGAGUUCCACGACUUGCACCAGAGAUUGCGUCGGCGGUAUCCAUCGACCAGGAACCUCGAGUUUCCACGACGUCGAGUGGUGAUGAAGCUCCAGAAACAAUUCCUACAAAACCGGCGCCAAGCAUUGGAGCGUUAUCUACAGCAGUUGCUCCAGAUGCCUGAUGUGUGUCGAAGCCGCGAGUUGAGGUCGUUUCUCUCACAGCAGACUGUCAUCUCGCCCCAGAAUACGAAGAAUGCGUCCGAUGCACAAGACAUAGUGACACGCAUCUAUAACUCUGUCACCGAUGGCAUGGACGAGUUUCUUGGCAAUGUGUCGGUCCUUGAUCAACUGUCGGUGGCUGGCCAGAAUCUGAUAUCAGCAGCUACCAACCAGUUUGGAGUCAACAACCAAGGCGAGAUUGUGUCGAUAGAUGCCGGCCCGGUAGCUGAAGCAGAAGCAGAAUUGGCGGCGUUUGAAGAUAAAGAACUGGAACCGUUCGUCAAGCCCAUCUGCGAUUUGUUUCUCGAGACCUUUGAGCUGAACCGCGGGAACAACUGGCUUCGCGGCCGUGCUGUUAUCGUGGUCUUACACCAGUUGCUUGGGGGCACGGUCGAACGUAAGGUGCGGGAAAUGGUCAAGGGCUUUACACAGGAGGAUUCGUUACUCAAAUACAUCGACAUGGUUAAGGAGACCAUGUGGCCUGGCGGCGGCAAAUGGAGAGAGGCCAAGCCACGAACGGCUUCAGAGAAGAAGAAGUCUCGAGCAGAGGCGUCGACGAUAUUGGCAACCUUGAUUCCUGACCUAGCGGGGAAUGUUGUUGGGCGUGCCAAUGCCCAGGCAGCUGCUCGAAGGUUGUCGGCGACCAUGAACAAUGCACGGCUAAAUCAACAUCUCGUCUUUACCAUCUUGGACGAGAUAGUCGGUGUGCUUUUUGAUCCUGCCAAAGGGUGAACAAGGUCGCCCUCGUUGGUAUUUGAGCCUGUUUUGAGGUGGCGUCGGAAGUGGGAUGUUGAAGUUGACUAGCAGAUUGCUAGAUCCCUGGUUGAGCAGAGAAGAGACCCGGUCAUUGCGGACCGAGAACGCUGGAGAGUUGAGGGUUACCGGCCAAGACGAUACGGCCUUUCUGUUUCGAUUGUGUUUUGACAGGGCAAUGGCCGAGUUUUGUUACAGCAGGGCGAACGGCGUUUUGCUUGGACGACGUGUUACAUCAUUGGGAAUUAGCCGCCCAGACACAGUAUGCAUACAGUAGCAGAACAUGUUGAUACUGUUGACUCCAAACAUACAAUUGUCGAUGCAUGUAAUUGACAUUGUAUCUCCGAACGAUCUAGAAGAUGAAUAUCUUAGCUACCAGUCAGUGUCUCAAUAGUUAUCUGUCUAACCAUGCUCAUACUGCAAUUCUCCCAA